AUGAAUGAAGAGUUGAAUAAGAUGAUAAAUAGUUUCCAGAUAAACGAAAAGGAGGGAAAAGAAAUAAAUAAAAAUAAUAAUAUAGAAAAGAAUCAAAAUGUACAUUUAAAUAUAUAUCCAAAUAUGAGUAAUUAUGUUGAUAUAGGAUCUAAUAUAUAUGUUGAUGAAAUAAAAAGUAUAUCAAAAGAAGACAAUACGAAAAAAAAAAGUAUAUUAAAUUCAAAAUAUAUAUCAUCAAAGAAUAAUGAAUUUGUAGAAGCACAAUUAUAUGAAUUAAAUAAUUAUAAUGAAAAUAAUAUAUAUGAGGACUUCAAUAUUUUUUCGAAUUCUACAAAUAUAUAUAGUAACGACAAUAAUAUGAAGAAAUAUUUAAUACAAAAAUGUGGAAAAAAAAAUAUAAAAAAAAGGAUGGAAAUAUUAAAUCAGGAAAAUAAUAAUAUGGGUAUUCAUAAAAAUAUAGUAUAUGAUGAUCAUAAUAAUAAAAAUGUAACAUAUGAUAAUAAUAAUAAUAAUAAUAAUAAUAGUUGUAGUAUCAUAAAAUAUGAACUACGGAAGACAUCGAUUUGUAAAUACUGGAUAAAAGGGAUUUGUGCUAAUGUGGAAUGUAAUUUCGCCCAUGGAGAACACGAACUAAAAUAUACAUUCGGAGUAUAUAAAACAACUAUAUGUAAACAUUGGAAAAAAAACGGUAUGUGUUCUAGUGGUAUUCAUUGUAGGCAUGCACAUGGGGAAAAUGAAUUACAACCAAAAAAUUUACCUUUACAUUUAUUAAAAAAAAAAAAUAAUUUGAAAAAUAAAAAUCAAGCAAAAUCUUUUCAUACAAAUAAAGAACUUACCAUAAAUGAAUAUAAUGAUCGUUCUGUAAAUAAUAGAAAUGUUGAACAGAUGUAUAAGAAUAAGGUAGAUCCUUUAAAAAAUAAUAACAAUAAUAAUAAUAAUAAUAAUAUUUAUUAUUAUGGAAAUGAGGAGAAUCCAAAAGAUGUGAAUAUUUUUAGAAUGGACACAUUUUAUAACAAUAUUUUUGAUAGUGGAAAUCACAUGGAUAAACCCCCCACACACAACAACAACAACAAUAAUAAUAAUAAUAAUAAUAAUAAUAAUAGUAAUAGUAAUAAUAGUUAUAAUAAUAAUAAUAUUGUUAGUGUUGAGGGGAAACCAAUUAACCAGAAUACACCUAAUAUCCUUAACGAUGGUAAUUACUCAAAUUGUACAAAUUGUACAAAUUAUUCAAAUUAUUCAAAUCAUUCAAAUCAUACAAAUUAUACUAAUUAUACUAAUUAUACUAAUUAUACUAAUUACAUAAAUAAUAACGAAAAGGAAGAAAAUGAAAAGAGAAAUUUCAAUUAUUAUGAUACAUGCAAAAAUAUAUGGAACUAUAAAAUUUGUAAAGAUGAUAACAAUCUAUUGAAUAAUAAUGAAAAGACUUUUUUUUUUUUUUCUAAUGUAAAUAAUAGUAAAAUGGUAGAAUGUAAUAUGAACAAUAUAUUUAAUGACAUACAUAAAAAAGAUAAUAUGAUAACAUUAAACGAUAAUUCAAAUCAUGUAAUUAAUAUAAAAAAAAACAUAAUAAAUGAUGCUGAUAUAUCGAAAGUUACAAAUAUUCCUAUUUAUAAAGAUGAUCAUUUAAAAAAUGUACCUAUUAAUAAUAAAAAAAAGGAGACUGUAUUAUCACAGGGAAAAAAAAAUACAUAUUUAAAAGUAAACUUUUUCAACAACAAGAACAAGGACAAUAAUAAUAAUAACAAUAUAAUAGUAGAUACUAACAAUAAUAAUAAUAACAAUAUAAUAGUAGAUACUAACAGUAAUAAUAAUGUUAUGAAGAAUGAUCAUAAUAAAAUUAAUAAUAAUAAUUUAAUAUUUCAGAAUAGUAGAUUUAUGGAUCAUGCGGGAGCCUGUGGACAUAUAAAAAAUGGUGAUACUAUAAAAAAUGGAGAUACUAUAACAAGUGCUGAUACUAUAACAAGUGGCGAUACUAUAACAAGUGGUGAUACAAUAACAAGUGGAGAUACUAUAACAAGUGGUGAUACAAUAACAAGUGGUGAUACUAUAAAAAAUGUUGAAAAUUUUGUUAAUUAUACAAAUAGUAACAACAUAAGUAAUAUUAAUAUAUCUAUAAAUGGUAGUAAUUAUGAAAAAUAUAUUAAUAAUAUGAAUUUUAUUAAUAAUAAGGAAUCAAGCAAUAUAAGUAAAGAUGAUGCUUAUAAUGGGAAUAUGGAUAAUCAUAAUCAUCCUCUAAAUAAUAAUAAUAAUAAAAACCUUUGUAACACCAGCUUGAGUGAUUUAUGUAGUAAUAAUUCUUCUGAGUCCAAAAAACAAGAAGCUGCAUGUCUCAAUAAAAACGAUACUCAUGAUAUAAUAAAAAAUGUAUCCAAUAAUAUGAAACAGUUUUUUCUCUAUAUGAAUCCUAUUAAUAAUAAUACGUCUGAUAAUGUAAAAUUAAUUAAUAAUUAUGCAAAUGAUUAUUUUUAUUAUGAUGAAAAGAAGGAUGAAGAACGUAACCCUUAUGAUAAUAAAAAUAAUAAAAUUAAAGCGUUUCGUAAUAUCAACAUUCGUAUUAUAAAAAAAGAAGAUGAACAAGAACAUACUAAUGAGAAGAAUAAUACAAUAUUUAAUAAAAAUGUAAAUGAAAUUACGUAUAGUAAAGAAAUAACACACAUGAAUAAUAUAAACAGAUCUUCAGAUGAAUAUAUUACAAAUAAUAAUAUGGAUAGUCAUAAUAAUAUUAUGAAGAAUACAUUAUAUCCAUGGAAAGAAAAUAAAUUCAAAAAUGUUGAUAUGUCAAAUAUAUACAAAAUUAAUAAGGAUGAUUAUUUGCAUAAAGAUAUUGAUAAGAGCAUAGAUUGUGUUAUAAGUCCAUACAAAGAUACCAACAUAAUUAUGGAUAGGAUAAACGAUGACAAUAUAAAUGAUGACAAUAUAAAUGGUGACAAUAUAAAUGGUGACAAUAUAAAUGGUGACAAUAUAAAUGAUGACAAUAUAAAUGGUGACAAUAUAAAUGGUGACAAUAUAAAUAUGGAUAAUUUAUUAUUUACAUAUAACGAACAAAUAAACAAUCAUCAUAAUAAUAAAAAAUGGAACGUUCUUAAUAAUUCUAUGAUUGUAGAAAAAAAUGAAAAAAUUACUAAUAGCGAAAAGAAAAAUAAUUAUAAGAUACAUCAAAGGCAAAAUAUUAAUAAAAAUGUUUCAGAUAAUAACGCAAAUAUAAAUAAUAAGAAUGUAAUUAGUAAAGAUAAAUUUAAAAUUAUAAAUUCUUAUAUUGAUUAUAAAUUAAAUUAUCCUAGAAAUAAUAAAUAUAGUUAUAAUAAUAUGGAACAUAACAUAAAAAAUAUGAAUGAGCAAAAUAGUAUAAAUAAUAAUAAUAAUAAUAUAUUAUAUACAACAAGGAAAGAUUUAAGAAAUAAUAUUCAUACUAUCAAUUUUAAUGAUACAAAAAAUAUAAUUAAUAGUGAUGAUUAUUUUGUAGAUAAUAAUUAUAAUUAUAAUUACAAUUAUUCUUAUGAUAAUAUGGAAUUAUCUAAUAAAAAUAUGAAAGAUGUUAUUAAUUUAUAUACAUACGUUGUUAAUAAAAAAAAUGAAAAAAAUAUGCACACGUCUACUGGUAUUAUAUUUAACGAUGGAUAUAUUAAAAAGGAGGAUUGUGGUGGUUGUCAUAUGAUAGAGAGUACGCAGAUGUUCGAUGAGGAAAUAAAUUGUUCUCCGGAAAAUAAAAGUAAUAAUAAUAAUAAUAUUAAUAUUAAUAGUAGCAAUAAUAAUAAUAAUAUUAAUAUUAAUAGUAGCAAUAAUAAUAAUAAUAAUAUUAAUAGUAGCAAUAAUAAUAAUAAUAAUAUUAAUAGUAGCAAUAAUAAUAAUAAUAAUAAUAUUAAUAGUAGUAAUAAUAAUAACAAUAAUAAUUAUUAUUAUUAUUAUAAUGAUUAUCAUCAUGAUGAUGAUAAUAUUAUGAAUCAUUCUUAUGAUAAUAAUAUUAACGAUUCAUAUUACUACCAAUUUAAUGACCUUUAUUCAAAAGAGAAUCAACAAACAUACACAUACAAUAUAAAUAACCUAAUACAUAAUAUGAAAUUAUUAAAUACAAAAUAUGAGUCUCCUCUAAAUUCUGAACAAGAAAAAACAAUUUUAAAAAAUAUCGCUGUGGACAAAAAUAACAACAUUAAUAUUAAUAACAUUACAUUACCUACUCUUCAAGAUAACCAAAUGAAUAAUUAUAAAAAAUAUACAAAUGAUUUAGGAUCAGUAUCAGAAAAAUACACAUCUACAUAUAAUGAUACGUUAAAAAUGCAUAGUGAAACAUUUAUGGAUUCGCAAAAUGGUAUGUACAUUUUACCACAAUAUGUAACACGUGAAUGUAUUAAUAGUCCAUAUGAUAGCUCUCCUUUUACAGAAGGAAAUAGGGAAGAGAAAAAAGAUAAUAAAGAACUCGAAAUAAUAGGUAAUAUGUUAUAUGAUGAAAACAUUUGUAUGGAUGAUGAAGAUUUAUUCGGAAGAAGUCACCUUUUUAAUAUAUUUAACAAUGAAGGAGAAAUAAAUAUUAAUCAAAAGGAUAAUUAUUAUGAUAAGGAUGAUCAUAAUAAUUUUCAUAGGGAUGAUCAUAAUAAUUUUCAUAGGGAAGAUCAUAAUAAUUAUCAUAGGGAUGAUCAUAAUAAUUUUCAUAGGGAUGAUCAUAAUAAUUUUCAUAGGGAUGAUCAUAAUAAUUUUCAUAGGGAUGAUCAUAAUAAUCAUCAUGAUGAUGACGUUAUAUAUGAGGAAACGAAAAAAACAGAUAAUAUAGAAAUUCCAUUAAAAGACAAUAACAUAAUGAUAAAUAAUUCAUAUAACAAUAGUUUAAUUAAUUAUAACAAAUGUUUUGUUAAAGAACUUGAAUAUAACAAUAUAAAUAAUAAGAAUCAAGAAAAUAAUAUAAAUCACAAUAAAAAAACAGAAGAAGACUUAAAAAUAAAAAAUAGCUAUGAUACAAGUUCUAAACAAAAUUAUAAAGAAAAUAAUAUGUUUCAUGAUAUGGAUAACAUUACAUCUUUACUACUACAUAUAAAUAAUUAUAAUGAAAAGGAUUUUAUGAAUUUUAAAAAUGAAGAUUAUACCUUGAACAAAGAAAUGUAUUUAAAUGAAUGCAAAUAUGUUAAAGAAAUUAAAAAUACAGAUCAAGAUAAUAGAAAAGAGUUUGGAAUAGUUUUACAAAAUGAUGACCAUAUAUCUGAAAGGGAUAUGAGGACAAAGAAAAUGAUUUAUUCUAUUUUCAUCAAAGAAGAAGAAACAAAGAAAAAUAAAAGUUUAGAAAAUAUAUGUUUUACAAAUGAACAGGAGAAAUAUAAUAAUCUAUCUAUAAUUAAUCCAAAAAAAAAUAUAACAAUGGAUAUUAUCAAAAAUGUAGAUGAAUUAUCGUUUGACAAUAUGGAACAAAUGUAUAAUGAACAAAAGAUGAAUAAUAUGGAAGAUCGAAUAGAAAAGAUAAACAUAUUAACAAAGGAUAAUAUACAAAAUGGUAUUCACAACAAUAAUAAUAUAAUUGAAGAAAAACAAAGUCUUAAAGAUAAUAAUUAUGAAGAAAAAACAAAAACAAAAGGAAUACAAUAA